UCCAAGCACCGGGACGACGCCUAGCUCGGCGCCCGGUAUAAAGCUGGCCCGGCCGCGGCGGUAGCUAGUAGUGAUACGUGCGCACGGACACGGCGGCGCGUGCUCUGUUUUUUAUUCCCUCCUCCUCCCUGCCGUGAUCGAUCACCGCUAUGACUAUGAGGCUCCGCCUCCGCCUCCGCGGCGUCCUGCUCGCCGUGGCGCUCCUGCUGGCCGCCACUGCCGUCGUGCCGGUGCUCCUCCUGGGCGCCGCGGAGCACGGCGGAGGUGGGGUCGUGGCGCCGGCGCCGCCGUUCAACUCGUCGCGCGUGAAGGCAGUCUCGUGGCAGCCGAGGAUCUUCGUGUACAGGGGGUUCCUGUCGGACGCGGAGUGCGACCACCUGGUGAGGCUGGGGAAGGCCAAGGUGCGGCGGUCCAUGGUGGCGGACAACCGCUCCGGCAAGAGCGUCAUGAGCGAGGUGCGCACCAGCUCCGGCACCUUCCUCGACAAGCGCCAGGAUCCGGUGGUGAGUAGGAUUGAGGAGAGGAUUGCGGCAUGGACGUUUCUUCCUGAAGAGAACGCUGAGAACAUUCAGAUACUCCGGUACGAGCACGGCCAGAAGUACGAGCCGCACUUCGACUACUUCCAGGACAAGGUCAACCAGGCCCGGGGAGGCCACCGCUACGCCACCGUGCUCAUGUACCUGUCCACCGUCGAAAAGGGAGGCGAGACCGUCUUCCCCAACGCCAAGGGGUGGGAGUCUCAGCCCAAGGAUGACACUUUCUCUGAAUGUGCAAAGAAAGGGUUGGCAGUGAAACCGGUGAAAGGUGACGCGGUGCUCUUCUUCAGCCUUCACGUUAAUGGAGUGCCGGACCUGCUCAGCCUCCAUGGGAGCUGCCCGGUCAUCGAAGGCGAGAAAUGGUCUGCACCAAAGUGGAUCCAUGUCAAGUCCUAUGAGAAUUCCCCGGACCUUAAGGAGGAGGCUGGAGGAUGCACUGACAAGAGUGAGUAUUGCGCGCAAUGGGCUGUGGCGGGCGAAUGCGGGAAGAACCCGGUGUACAUGGUAGGCACCGAGGGAUCGCCUGGUGAAUGCCGGAAGAGCUGCAGAGUCUGUGAUUCAUAGGAUGCUUUUGCAUUUCUUUCAAAAUGCAACGCCGGCAUCAGAUGCUGGAUUUAUUCUUGAUGUGUACAUAACUAGAGAAAGUUUUCUUCAGAUCAUAAAUGAGGCAGUGUUCAAGUUUUCAGAUUUUGAACAGUAGUGGUGGUAGAAGCCUCCUCUUCUUAUGUUUUUGAAACCUUCAAGUCGACUGGGAGUGCAGUUGAAGCCUUACAAAGUUUACUG